CAGUGUUUGGUCCGGUCCAAUUUGAAAAUCAAAUGCCCAAAUCUGGAAUAACCUAAUCGAUCGUGUACCAAUUCAUGAGCACCCCCCAAUUCAUCCGAUCCAGCAAUUCUCUCUACCGCUCAUCUCUCAGCAAGACGGUCGGAAGCUAUAUUGCUCUCUCCGUUUCCAGCCCCUCUUUCCCUUAGGUCGGUCGCCGUCUACACCACGCCGUUGGUCAAGUAUCCCGAGGUAAGAAGACACCAAUGCCUCCGAAGUCAAAGAAGCUGCAAGCAGGCCCCGGAAUGAACAGAAAGUCUCGUCUCACACGAGCUGCAAACAAAGCCCAGCCAAAGCCCCCUGAUGAACCGUUGAAGGCGGACCAGGUAAAAGAAGUGGAUGACAAAACCACUGUGGAUCUCAAAGAGGAUGCCAUGGUCGAGGAAAAAGGUAAUGCUAGUGAGCAGCAGUUAUCUCCUGCUAGGACUGAAGAUGAGCCAGAGGAGGAACAUGAAUCUGAGGCAAAAAGAUGCCCCCCUACUAAGAAGGAGUUGGAACCGAAAGAGUCGGUUGAAGAGUAUGAAAAAUGUGAAAGGUUAGACUUGGAGGAUAAUGAUCCUGAAUAUGAAACUGAAGAGUAUGUUGGUGCUGAUUAUGAUGAGAGAGGAAGUGAGCAAGAAGAUGAACAAGAUGAGGGAGAUGAGAUAGAAGAUAACGAGGAGGACUUUAUUUGUGGCGAAGAGGGUGAAGGUGAUAUGGUUGAAGAGGUGGAGGAGGUUGAAGAUGUCAAUGAGGACCUUGAGGUAGAAGAAGGUGAUGAACAAGAAAAUGAAGAACACGCUGAGAUGGUUAAUGCAGCCGAAGAGGAAGAACACCACGAAGUGGUUAAAGAAAGACGCAAGCGUAAGGAGUUUGAAAUUUUUAUCGGUGGCUUAGACAAGGAUGCUACUGAAGAUGAUCUGAAGAAGGUCUUUAGUCCAGUUGGUGAAAUCACUGAAGUGAGGCUUAUGAUGAACUCCCAGACCAAGAAGAAUAAGGGAUUUGCUUUUCUGAGAUUUGCAACUGUAGAACAAGCCAAGCGUGCUUGUGUAGAGCUAAAAAAUCCUGUGGUUAAUGGAAAAAAGUGCGGUGUUACUCCAAGUCAAGACAGUGAUACUCUGUUUUUAGGCAACAUAUGCAAGACAUGGACAAAGGAAGCUUUGAAUGAGAAGUUGAAGCACUAUGGCGUUGAGAAUAUUGAUGACUUGACACUAGUGGAGGACACAAAUAUCGUAGGAACAAAUCGCGGCUUUGCGUUCUUGGAAUUCUCUUCUCGUUCAGAUGCUAUGGAUGCUUUUAAGCGUCUUCAGAAGAGAAAUGUUGUCUUUGGAGUUGACAGACCUGCCAAGGUUUCCUUCGCAGAUUCAUUCAUUGAUCCAGGCGAUGAAAUAAUGGCUCAGGUUAAAACGGUCUUUAUAGAUGGUCUUCCAUCCCAUUGGGACGAGGCCCAUGUUACUGAACUUCUAAAAAAAUAUGGGAAGAUAGAAAAGAUUGAGCUUGCUCGUAAUAUGCCAUCUGCCAAGAGAAAGGAUUUUGGAUUUGUGACAUUUGAUUCACAUGAUGAUGCUGUUACUUGUGCUAAAUGCAUCAAUAAUGCUAUGCUGGGUGAAGGAGACAGUAAGGUCAAAGUUCGGGCCAGAUUAUCAAGACCCCUUUCAAGGGGCAGGGGAAAAUAUGGUUCUCGAGGAGAUGUGGUGAGGCCUCGGCGCAGGCCAGUACGAGUGCCCAGGGCUCCGUGGGGACGCUCGUUGCCCCUUAAUCUCCCCACUCGUGCAUCAAGAGUUGGUACACGUGGACCGCCUUUGGUUGAUCGCAAUUAUAAAAGAUCUGCUGGUUAUAGAGAUAGAAGACCAGCCAUUGCUGUCCCUCCUAAGAGCAGACCUGUUGCUCAUGUGCCUAGCAGGUCAUAUGAGAGAAGGCCGCCUGCUCAUGCAUAUACAAGAAGUAGUACGAAGAGAGAUUAUGGAAGCAGAGCUGCAAUAGACUAUGCUCCUAGAGUGCAUUCUGACAGGCGUUCAUCCUAUAGAGACGAGUAUGCUCCCCAUGGAUCUGGCUAUAAUGAUUUUCCAGGAGGAACAUCUAGGACUGGCGUACGGAGAGCAUAUGUUGAUGAUGGCUAUGAGCAGAGGUUUGAAAGACCCCCUCCAGUGUACCGUGAAAGCCGUGCUCGGGAAUACGAUUCUAUAUCUGGCUCUAAACGUUCAUAUACUGCAAUGCAAGAUGAUGUUCCUCCUCCCCGAUAUGUUGAGGCAGGAGUUCGCCGUUCUCGUGCACGAUUGGACUAUGAGUAUGCAGGACGCAGUGCUUCUCAAUAUGGUGGUUCCUAUGGUGACAGACCUGGAAGGCCUCCUAUUGGAUAUGGGGGCAGAAGUUCUAUGUCUAGUCAAGAUUCUCAUGGACUUUAUAGUGGUCGCCAGGGUAUGGGGUAUGACAGAGGAUCCUAUAGUGGUAGUGAUGUUGGUGGAAUGUAUGCUUCAGGCUAUGGUGGUGAUUAUAUGCCUCAUGGCAGUGAUAUGGGUGGCAGCUCUUACUCGUCACUUUAUUCUAACCGUGAAACGGGGGGUGGAAGCUAUAUGGGCGGUAGCAGUUCAAGAUCUUAUUACUGAGAUCUGAAAGGGCAAAGAGGCUGCAUGGAGUGCACUAUUUAGUUGAAGGCUUCUCCAUUAUGGAUUGGAAGUAUUACAUCUAGCAUGCUGAGCCUUGUAUGUGGUUUGGUGACAUGCAUGAUAGAACACCGGGUCUUAUUUAUGGAGAUGUCACCAGGAGAUUGGUAGUUCAAUUGUACUGAGAUUUGGAUGCUUCGUAAAUUUCUGCUUUUAGGGAACUUACAGAAUUUCAAAGACGUGACUGCUACAUAUCCAGUAUUUGUUGUUAAUUUUCUUUUUAUCUAAACUUUUGGCAUCUCCAUGAAAGAGCUUGUUUGAAAUAAUAGUAAAAGUGGAGUGGUGUUGAAGUGCCAACGGAUGCCUCGUAAAUUUCUGCUUUUAGGGAACUUGCAGAAUUUCAAAGACAUGACUGCUACAUAUCCAGUAUUUGUAGUUAAUUUUCUUUUUAUAUAAACUUUUGGCAUCUCCAUGAAAGAGUUUGUUUGAAAUAAAAGUAAAAGUGGAGUGGUGUUGAAGUGCCAAUGUUGUCUUUUACACUUCUCAAGACUAUUGGACGAAUGGUGUAUCAUGUAUCCAUUUAAAUAUCCGUACGAUAUUUCUCAAUGCUUUGUACUGAAAAUUUAUGGAUUGCAAGGACAACCAGUCAAAGAGAAUGCAAAAGAAGAGACAUGGAAAUCUUUUUAUUGGUUAUGAAAUGUGGAUUGACAGGGACUUCUGAGAGUGAAUUGGGUUAUGGUCUCCACUUUUAGUGAAAAGCAUAUUUUUCAUUGAAGAGAGAUGGAGCAUCAAUUGCAUCUCUCAGUGUUACCAAAUUGCUUUAGCUUUUACGAACAUUGUGAUGUUUUGUGCAUUUUAGGAAG